CCAGUGAACAUGGUGCAGAAGUAUCAGUCCCCAGUCCGCGUCUACAAGUACCCCUUCGAACUCGUCAUGGCGGCCUAUGAGAAGCGCUUCCCCACCUGCCCACAAAUCCCGGUCUUCCUGGGCAGUGAGGUUCUGAGCGAGUCCCGGAGCGCAGAUGGAGCGGUGCACGUGGUGGAGCGGAGCUGCCGGCUGCGCGUGGAGGCCCCUCGGUUGCUGCGGAAGAUCGCCGGCGUCGAGCACGCCGUGUUUGUGCAGAGAAACGUGCUGAACUGGAAGGAACGGACACUCCGUAUCGAUGCGCACAAUGAGACCUUUGCCAGCCGAGUGGUCGUUAAGGAGAACUGUAGCUACACGGUCCACCCGGAGAACGAAGACUGGACGUGCUUCGAGCAGUCCGCCUCUCUGGACAUCCGGUCCUUCUUUGGCUUCGAAAACGCGCUGGAAAAGAUCGCCAUGAAGCAGUACACAGCGAACAUCAAGAGGGGAAAGGAGGUAAUCGAACACUACCUGGGUGAGCUCAUCUCCCAGGGCGUCUCUCACAUCCCCCGCUGGAUGCCUGCCGCCGCCCCUGAGAAGGACACGCUCCCCGGGGCCAGACCCCCAGGUGCUGGCACCCCAAGCAGUUCCCUGGAGCCGGCUCCCACAGAAGGGGACAAGUUGGACUCUGACUACAUUGAGCGUUGCCUCGGCCGGCUCUCGCCCAUGCAGGAGAGCUGUCUGGUCCAGCUGCGGCAAUGGCUUCAGGAGACCCACAAAGGCAAGAUUCCCAAAGAUGAACACAUUCUCCGCUUCCUGCGGGCUCGAGACUUCCACCUGGAAAAGGCCCGGGACAUGCUACGCCAGUCCCUCAGCUGGCGCAAGCAGCACCAGGUGGACUCCCUGCUGCAGACCUGGCGCCCCCCUGCCCUGUUGGAAGAGUUCUAUGCUGGUGGCUGGCACUACCAGGACACAGAAGCCGUGCUUUCGGUCAACGAGGAAGGCCAGAAGAGAUGUGAAGGCAGCACCAAGCAGCUGGGCCGGCCCAUCAGGCAAGAUUCUGGCCCCCCGGGGCGCUCCAUCUCACUCUUCCCCGGCUUCCAGGUCAGCCCCUUCAUCAACGAGAACACCAGGCAGAAGUUUCUCGUCUACAGCGGCAGCAACUACCAGGGCCCUGGGGGCCUUGUGGACUACCUGGACAAAGAAGUGAUCCCUGACUUCUUGGGGGGUGAAUGCCUGUGUAACGUCCCUGAAGGAGGGCUGGUCCCCAAGGCCCUCUACCUGACGGAGGACGAGCAGGAGCAUGCCGACCAGCUGCGGCAGUGGACCGAGACGUACCAUUCGGCCAGCGUGCUCCGGGGGGCCCCCCACGAGGUCAUGGUGGAAAUUCUAGAAGGGGAGUCAGUCAUCACCUGGGACUUUGACAUCCUGCGUGGGGAUGUGGUGUUUAGCCUGUACCAUGCCAAGUCGGCACCCACACAGGGGCCUCCCGAGCCAGGUGAGCAGCUGGCGGACAGGGACUGUAACUUGGACACCGACUACAGCCGCGUGGAGGCACCGCUGAUCUGCCGAGAAGGGGAGAGCAUUCAGGGCUCCCAUGUGACCCGCUGGCCUGGCAUCUACCUGCUGCAGUGGCAACUGCAUGGGGCACCCGGCACCGUGGCCUGCAACCUGCCCGGCGUGGAUGACGUCCUGACUGCCCUGCACAGCCCCGGCCCCAGGUGCAAGCUGCUCUACUACUAUGAGGUGCUGGCGUCAGAGAGCUUCAGGGGGUCCAUGUCCAGCCUGGAAUCCUGCACCAGUGGCUUCUCCCAGCUCAGCACCGCCACCUCCUCCUCCUCCUCUGGCCAGUCCCACAGGAGCUCCCUCAGUUCCAGAUAGUGCCCCCAUGGCCACCCACAAGUGUCCAGACCACGGUCCGACCAGGUAGACUGCCAGCCUGGGGCCAUGGGACCGGUGGCCCAGGCCUGGUGCUGCUGCAGCCACAGUGACUGUGUGCACAGGAGCCUCUGGGUCUCAGCUGUCGAGGUCGCACGUGACGAACAGAACUGUGCAAGGAAGGUCUAUCGAGAAGGGUGCUCUGACCACCACUGGGGCCAUGAGCCUUUGGGCCUCAAGUGAUGAUGUCAGCAGGGCGCACCCUGCUCUCUGCGCCUCUGGUUCUGCUUUUUCCUGAGUUCUCUUCAUUCUCAGGCAGGCCUUCCCCUGCAUCCCUGCCAGAGCCCCCUUCCCAAGAGAACAUUGCUCUCCAGAAAAUUCCAGAACUUCCGAUCCUGGAAUUGAGUCUCCUCCGAUUGGGUCCCCAUGUCUUCCUGAGCCAACCAUGGGUUCCAGAAGAGAGAGAACACUGAUUGGCUGAUAGCAGGGUCAUGUGAGCAGGGUAUGCUGGUGUGAUUGGCCAGCCUGGGUCACAUGGUAGCCAUCAGGUCUGGCUGGAUCCAGGAGCCCACGGUCACCAGGGCUCAGCUGCUCAUCCCUGCAUCUCUUUGCACCCGGUCCUGUUCUUGCCUCCACCGGGAGGCUCCCAGCAGCCCCAAGCCUACAACGAUUGGCUCAGGACCUCACAGGUAGAGCCAUGCUCUCUUCCUCACUGAAAAUCUCAGGACAGGGCCCCGAUUGGCCUUGCUCUAGGCACAUGCUUACUUCCAUGGCAUCCUGUGGUUGACACCUUCCCCCAGAAGGGACGGUGGGAUGGGGAGGCUUGUCUCUCGGCACGGACAAGACAGCAGCGGAUGUCCAUGGUGGCAUCUGCCAGGGUCUCCCUCCCUCCCGAGCUUGGGGUCUUUGUGGUCCAUCACUGCGACAUCCACUAAUUGUUCCUCUUGACUUUGGGAGCCUCGGAGUGGAAACCCCAACAGUAGCGCAGCAACAGCGGCCAGCUACAACCCCCCCGCCCAGCUGCCCCGAUCUUGAGCAGCCUGGGUGUUGAAUUUAGACAGGGUGGCAUUCAAACCCCCGGCCUUCUUUCCGGUGACUUAACCUCUCUGUGCCUCCGUGUCCUCCUCUAUAAAAUGGGGACGGCAGUGCCUACCUCACUGGGUUGUAGUGGGACGAAGCGAGACACCCAGCGGCAAGAUGCUCUCGCUACUGCAGCGCCGGGCCCACAGGAAGCACUCGGGACAGGCCGGCUGUCGCUCCAGCUUGUUUGAACUUCCCAUCCAAAGACUCCAGUCCUUCCCUUCCGUGGGACAGACAGGGUUCAGAGGGCUGUGUGGAUCCAGGGACGAGUGCGGGUGAAGAAACCAGUCUCUCCCGCUUGGCUGGAUGGGGAGCAGUCAGCUUCUCUCUGGAAGCAGUUUGUGUGGUCUGGGCUCAUCCGUGCCAGUCUGAUGGCAGCACCCCUGCCAGCUAGACAGCGCUUUGGAAGAGGGUUGUGUAAAGCUUCGUUCCGAUUCUGCACGCUCCGGCGUUGCUCCCCGCCCAAUGAGAGCCAUGUCCUCCGGUCCCGUGAUGUAUGUUUCAGCUCCUACAGCGUGUUUCUCGCUCGCCUCCUGGUGUGUUCCAACCAGAAGCAUUACGCAUCGUCUCUUUGAACGUGUGCCCCGUGCUAGCCUGCUUCCUGACACUCUGGAGGCUGCCGCGGGCUCAUUCCGGAACAUCUCCAGUGGUGUUUAGAAGGCUCUGGUCCAGUGUUUCCAAAGUGGGCUGUCCUGGAACAAUCUGGAGGGGUUGCAGAAGCCCUUGAUCUGGACUGACAGACACCAUCACUGCCACCGUGGGCUCCAACCUACGAGAAGCUGUGAGGACAGUGCAGGACGGACAUCCGGUCCCUGUGAGUCAGACCUGACCCGAUGGCACCUAAUGACCACCACACUGUAUCCUGGACGAUGGGCUAGCGUAUGGACCUUUUUCAUUGCCAAGGGGGUGGGCUGAGUCACGUUUUCUGAUUGAUUUAUUUUUUCUGAAAAGGGGGCAGGAGGACAAACCAGUUUGGCAGCUUCCACUCCCGAUCAGGGCUGGGGAACGUCCGGCCAGCAGACCGUGUGAGGCCGGCGACAUCGACCCCAGCUAACAUCGAAGGCCUCACCAAAGAGACGCAGCUCCAGCCUUGUCUUUGUGGUGGCGGUCAGUGGCGGCAAGCCGGCUCUGACCCACGGCCCCCCAUGCAUGACAGAAGGAAACACUGCCCGGUCCUGGGCCCUCCUCACUCUUAGCCCCUGACUGCAGCCGC